UCCACACGUACCUUCUGUUCAAACUUGUACUCAUUCAAAUAAUCGCUUCUAUGUCAACUCUAUAAAAACCUCCAUCUCCAUUUCCAUCUCCAUCCCAAUCCAAAACUCUCUCUCCUCACUUUCUCUCUCUAAAAUUGUCUGAAAAUUUUCUCUCACAAAUUCAUUCAUCCAAAACAGUGAUACUAUUACACACAGCGAAUACAAGAGCAAAAAUGAGGAGCAAAGCAAACAACCAAAACAAGUUCAUGCGCUUCAUUACAAUACCCAUUAGGGUUUUGAGCAAAGCAAAGGAUUUCUACGUCCGAAGCUUGACAGAUUGUGCCGAAAAGGUCAGCUACGGCAACAUGAUGGGCGGUCCGGCUGCGCAAGUUUCCUCCUUGCCCAAGAGCUUCAGUGUCAACUCGUCGAGGUCCAACGACAGCGAUGAUCUCAGGGAGCUCAACAGAGCUAGCUCUACAAAGAGCAUGGGGGAUAGGGUUGACAUGGACAAUAAGUAUAUGCAGAGACAGAUGAGGCAGCCGACGAAGACGUCGUCGACGGUGGUGCCGAGGAGCUGCAGUGUUGGGAUGGGGAGGAUUGAUGAGGACAGCCCUUGUGAUUUCAGUGAAGAUUACAGUUUUGGUGUGAAGGCAAAUUUGAUGUAUCCAAGAAGCAGAAGCCAUGCUGUUAGCAUAAGAAGUGUUGUUUUCUAGGGUUGGAUGAAAUUUGUGUGGAGAUAAUGCAGAAAGGGGAGUUAAAUUAUACUCUCUCAAUGUACACAAAUUGAUUGUUUCAUUUUUUUUUUUUUUUUUUUUUAAAUUUUUUGUUUGAAGGUAUGGUUCAAGUGUGAUGUUGUAUGAAUUAAGGAAAUGCAUAUAUAUUUUCUUUGCUUA